GGGGAUACUACGAUGGUGUGUUAAGAAAUUUAGCAAUUCACAUAAUCAUGAAUUGUUACAAGAUGACCAAGUGCGUUUACUUCCAGCAUACCGUAAGAUUCCGGAUGUGUAUCAGGAACGUAUCUUAUCGCUCUCUAGAUAUGGGUGUUCAGUGAGUCAUAUAAUGAAGGUGAUGCAAUCUGAAAGGGGAAAAGAAUCAGGACAGUUGCCGUUUUUAGAUAGGGAUGUCAGAAACUUUCUUCAAUCUUCUAAGAAGAUCGAUCGAGAAAAUGAUUUACCGGAGCUGCUUAAUAUGUGCAAGGCUGCCAAAGUAAAGGAUGCGAAUUUUCUGUAUGAUUUUACCAUGAACGAUAAUGCUAAGGUUAGCAGCAUCGCGUGGUCAUAUGGAGAUUCCUUUCGUGCUUAUAAGGUGUUUGGCGAUUUAGUUGUUUGUGACGCCACGUAUCAUGAGAUCACUUAUGACAGACUCCUUGUGGUAUGGAUGGGCGUAGACAAUCAUGGGAAAACUAUAUUGUUCGGCUGCGCACUGUUACGAGAUGAAACAUCUCGCUCAUUCAAAUGGGCUUUACAGUCUUCUCCUUGUGCAGGCUUUUCUUCGAUUCAUGCAAGGAAGGUUCCCGCCGGUAUUUGUUACAGAUGUAGAUUUGGGGCUUAAAGAGGCUAUCUCAAGUGUAUUGCCAAA